AUGUUUUCUCCACAAAUUGAAUGGUAUUGUGCUCAAUGUGGAUCUGACCCAACCGAUCGUCGAAAAUAUUGUACUGAUUGCGAUUCGAUGCUUACUUGGACAUGUAUUGGUUCGGGAAAAUCUGGUUUGUACACACAUUAUUAUCGUCAUCGUGAUAAUUGUAAUUAUUGUACACCAGAACUUGAAGAAGAAAGACAAGAACAAAUAGAAGAGAAGCAAGUUGCCAUUCAGCAACGCUUUCAAACUUUAGAUGAUAAUCAGCGUCCAUGGUCAGAAUGGAAACGUACUGAUGUUUCUUGCAUACCGCAUACUGGGCAUGACGUUGAACAAGUACAAGAAUUAUAUUCUAUGUGUGAAGAACCAUUGAUAAAUUACUGUUCCCAUAGAGACAAGGUACUUGCAAACAGUACCACCACAUCAUAUUUAUCUCCUAUGAAUUUGCUUGUGGUUACAUUAUGGUAUUUAAAACGUUAUCAUUCUGAACGCUACAUUGCUUCAGAAUUGAAUUUUAGUCAACAAGCGGUGAAUUAUUCCUUAUCAACAGUAGUGGAUAUUUUACAUUCGUGUGUAUAUCCAGCACUCGUUUCUUUACCUGCUGAUCUAGCUAGCAGAAGAACACCACAUGGACCUCAACAACAUCAUAAACUAAUUGUUGACUCGACUUUUAUUGCAAUUAAUGAACCGCAUGAUUCAGAACAACGUAAAAAAUAUUAUCAUGCAAAAAGUCCAACAAAUUAUGCAAUAAAAGUGCAGGUAGCAUGCGAUUUUCGCCAUCGAAUAGUACAUGUAUCUGAAUGUUACCAUGGAAGUAUACAUGAUAUUACAGUUCUUCGAGAAUCAGGACUAUUAGAACAUGUUGAAGAAUCUGUACAAAUUAUUGGUGACAAGGGAUAUAUCGGUGAAGAAUACGUAGUCACUCCAAGAAAGAAACCUCGUGGACGUGAAUUAACACAAGAAGAUAAAGAUUUCAAUCAUGAUAUUAAUAGCGCAAGAGCAGCGAUUGAAAAUAUUAAUCAAAGGCUCAAAACUUAUGUUAUUCUUGGUGGUGUUUACAGAGGACCUAUUGAUGAUUUUCAUAAAAUAACUAAAAUCAUACAAGUCGUUGCUGCUUUAUGUAAUUUGAACUUAAAUAAACAUCCUAUUCGUAGAUAA